AUGGGAAAGAAUGACGACUGUGAAAAACAGCUGAAAGCAGCAGAGGAGGCCAGGAGGAAAAGUAAAAACAGAAGGGCCAAACCCCAACGCAAAACCAAAAAAACUAGCGAUGAUGAAGAUGAUGAAGAUGAGGAUGAGUCACCAAAGAAACGAGGCCGGAAAAAGAAAAAGCGUGACAGUGAUGAUGAUGAUGAUGAUGAAGACAGAAGUGUAAAAAAAGGCUCCAAAACAAGAAAGAAAAAAGCCAAGGAUGAGAGUGAAGAAGAGAGUGAAGAGGACAACAAGAAGAAAAAAAAUGGGAGAAACACAGGAGGCAAAGGGGUGUCCAAAAAGACCAAAGAGGAGCAGAACAAGGACAAGAAGGGGAAAGGCAAAGAUAAAGACAAAGGCAAAGACAAAGGCAAAGGCAAAGGUGGAGACAAGAAAAAGAAGGGCAGCUCUUCAUCUGAUUCUGACUCGGAUGAAGAAUCUAUGUCGGAAGGAGAGAUGGAAGCCUUGAAGGAAGAAGUGGAGGAAAAAAAGAAACUUAUUGCUACAUUAAGGACCAAACCAUGGCGCAUGAAGAGGAGACUUGUACACCUCAAAGAGGCCCAAGAGUUUGUGGAAAAGUUUGAAGGAGCUCUUGGGAAAGGAAAAGGUCGGAAGUGGUAUGCUUACAAAGUUAUGAUGACAAAGAAACUAAUAAAAUUCAAACGUGACUUUGAGAACUUUAAAACUGCAUGCAUACCCUGGGAGAGAAAGAUUAAAGAAGUAGAAAGUCACUUUGGAUCUUCCGUGGCGUCAUACUUUAUUUUUCUCCGGUGGAUGUAUGGACUUAAUCUGGUGUUGUUUGGAUUUAUGUUUGGGCUGGUCAUACUGCCUGAGAUUCUUAUGGGCCUUCCUUAUGGCUCCAUUGCAAGAAAGACAGUGCCCAGACCAGAGCAGGACACAGCCAUGGACUUCUCUGUUCUAUUUGACUUUAACGGAUACUGCAAAUAUUCGUUUCUUUUCUAUGGCUAUUAUAACAAUGAUCGGAUGAUAGGAGUGCUGAAGUUCAGACUGCCCCUGUCUUAUCUGCUAGUGGGUGUGGGCAUAUUCGGAUACAGCUUGAUGGUUGUUGUUAGAACGAUGGCUCGAAAUUCAAAUGAAGGAGGUGAAGGGGCAGAAGAGGGGGAGUUCACCUUCAGUUGGAAAAUGUUCACAAGUUGGGAUUAUCUCAUUGGAAACCCUGAAACUGCAGACAAUAAAUAUGCCUCCAUUACAACAAGCUUCAAGGAAUCCAUUGUAGAUGAGCAGGAGAACCAAAAAGAUGAGAACAUCCACCUGCGUCGGUUUCUUCGGGUUUUGGCAAACUUUAUGAUUCUGUGCAGUCUUGGGGGGAGUGGGUUCCUCAUCUACUAUGUUGUGAAGCGGUCUCAGGAGUUUGCUGAGAUGGAGAAUGAUGAACUCUCCUGGUUUGAAAAGAAUGAGGUUGAGUUUGUAAUGUCUCUUCUUGGACUGGUGUGCCCGCCCCUGUUUGAAACCAUUGCUGAAUUGGAGGACUAUCAUCCCCGUAUUGCUCUGAAGUGGCAGCUUGGGCGUAUCUUUGCCUUGUUCUUGGGAAAUCUCUACACAUUUCUCUUUGCUCUUUUUGAUGAAGUCACUGCUAAGCUGGAGAAAGAAAAAAUAAUCAAGAAUUCCACCAUAUGGGCUUUGAAUGAGUACUACGCCAACUACAGUAGUUUUCACAAUACAACUGAUAUUCCUCCACCUAACAUCCACCCUGCUGAUGUAGUGAGAGGCCCAUGUUGGGAGACUGGGGUGGGAAUAGAAUUUGUGAAGCUUAUUGUAUCAGACAUGCAAGUGACCUACUUGACGAUUCUCAUUGGUGACUUUGUAAGAGCAGUCAUUGUGCGCUUUCUCAACUACUGCUGGUGUUGGGAUCUGGAAGCUGGAUUUCCUUCUUAUGGAGAGUUUGAUAUUAGUGGCAAUGUACUGGGACUCGUCUUCAAUCAAGGAAUGAUAUGGAUGGGAGCUUUUUAUGCCCCUGGUCUGGUGGGUCUAAACGUUCUCCGUCUCCUGACCUCCAUGUACUAUCAGUGCUGGGCGGUAAUGUCCUGUAAUGUCCCUCAUGAGCGAGUCUUCAAGGCUUCACGGUCAAACAAUUUCUACAUGGGACUUCUGCUGCUUGUGCUCUUCCUCAGCCUGCUGCCUGUUGUCUACACUAUUAUGACAUUACCUCCAUCUUUUGACUGCGGGCCAUUUAGUGGUCAGGAGAAGAUGUAUGAUGUUGUAAUGGAGACCAUAGAAAAUGAUCUACCUGCCUUCAUAGGAAAUAUAUUCACAUAUGCUACAAACCCUGGGCUGAUUAUGCCUGCAGUUCUUCUCAUGAUCCUGGCACUUUACUACCUUAAUACAACCUCAAAAGGAUACCAGCAAGCAAACAAUGAUCUUAAACGGAAAAUGCAAAUGGCUCGAGAUGAAGAAAAGAAUAGAAGAAACAACAAGGACAGUACUAACCAAGUGAUGAAAGACUUAGAGGCUCUGCUCCCCAAUAGGUCUUUGGCACCCCCACCUGAAGAAGAGGAAGAACCACCCCCAGAGGUUGUGGUUGAUAAAGGAAGCAAGUCACCCAAAACAAAGCCUAAAAAGAAAGCAGAAAAGGGUGAGAAAGAAGUAGAUUUACAAAAAGAGGUGUCACUGGCUGCACAGAACCCCAAAAGUCCAGUGACACGAGCCCCUGGAUCGAGAGGAGCACCUACUGCGAAUCCUAAAGGGCCUCAACCUGGAAAGGAGCGCAGUCGAGGUGGGGCCUCUAAAUAAUAUGAAUACACACA